AGCAACAUGGAACCUGGAAACCAAACAUCCUACUUUAUUCUGAUGAGACUAAUCCAUGAUACUACAGUAGAGCCCCUCAUUUUUGGCUUCUUUGUGUUUACAUAUCUGGUCACAAUUCUGGGAAAUUUGCUCAUCAUCAUUGCUGUCAGCUCUGACUCUAAUCUACAAACACCAAUGUACCUCUUUCUCUCCAAACUUUCAUUGACGGACAUCGGUCUAAGUACAACUACUGUCCCAAAUAUGUUGAAGAACAUCCACACACAGGAUCAGAGCAUCAGUUAUACAGGCUGCCUCACUCAGGCCUGCUUUGUUUUGAGUUUUGCUGUAUUAGAAAGCUGUGUCCUUGCUGCAAUGGCCUAUGACCGCUAUGCAGCUAUUUGUCAUCCCCUGAAUUACACAGUAAUUAUGAAUCCAUACUUCUGUCGUCUGAUGAUUCUAUUGUCCCUGAUGAUUAGUAUUGUGAACAGCUUAUUACAGUGUCUGAUGAUACUGCGGUUGUCAUUUUGCACAAAUAAUGAACUUCCUCUAUUCUUCUGUGAACUUGCUCAAGUCAUCAAGCUUGCCUGUUCUGAUACUCUCAUCAAUUAUAUCCUCAUAUAUCUUGCAACAUUUAUAUUUGGUGGAAUUCCAAUCUCUGGAAUAAUUUUCUCUUAUACUCGAAUUGUCUCUUCUAUUUUGAAAAUAUCUUCACUUAAAGGAAGGUACAAAGCCUUUUCCACUUGUGGGUCUCAUUUUUUAGUUGUAUCCUUAUUCUAUGGUGCAGCAGUGGGAGUAUACAUCUGUUCUGCAAUUACUGUUUCCCCUCAGAUAACCACAGUGUCCUAUAUGAUGUACACAGUGCUCCCUCAAAUGUUGAACCCUUUUAUCUAUAGCCUAAGAAAUAGAGACAUGAAAAAAGCUUUGGGAAAACUUAUCACAAAGGUAUCUUGCUUUCAGGGAUACGUUAAUUGA